CCACAAUCCCUGUGAGCCGCGUUAAGAUGCGCAUUCACACUGAGCUGCCAGUUUCCUCCGGAGGACCGGGCAGCUCCGGGGCUGAAUUACAUGCGCAGUCCUGCCGUGAAUCACACAUCACCACGGCAACCGGCGUUCACACCGAGUCCCCGUCAGCAUCAGUGGGGUCCGAUCCCAUCCACAGGCGACAGGCGAGCACAGAAAAACACAAUCUGUCCAGGCAUUUUCAGCCAUGGUGAAGCUAGGCAGCAAUCUGUCUGAUAAGCUGGAGAAGCAGCCGUCUGCGGACGACGGCUUUGAUAACAUCCCCCUCAUCACACCCCUGGAGGUCAACCAACUCCAGCAGCCAUUCGCAGACAAGGUCAUUGUGAAGACGUCAACACAGUAUCAGCUGCAGCAGAAGAAGAAGAAUAAGCUGUAUGUGCCCAAUAUCAAGAAGCUGAAUAUCAACUUUUACAGUGAUGUUUCAGAGAAAGCCAAGAUCACAGGUCUGAUCCUCAUAACUUUGGCCUUCCUGACCAGCUUGCUCCUCCUGCUCAUGUACAAAGCCAUGUGGUAUGACCAACUCACCUGCCCAGAGGGUUUCAUUCUUAAGCAGAAGCACUGCACCCCGGCAGCUCUGGAGAUGUACUACACAGAGCAGCAGCAGCAGGAGGAGCCGGGCGUCCGCGGCGGGCCCAACACCGGCCUGUAUGCCGCUCUCAGCCACCUCAACCAGGUCAAGAGGACUGGGCCUGAGCUGCCAUCACCAUGGUUACCAGUCAUCAGCGCUCUGAAGGAAGCCGAGGUGGCCAAACAAGGCAGCGAGCCGCUGAAAGGAGUGCUGGAGGGAGAGGAGUGAGGUGGCUGACAGAAAUGCAGGUGAUAGAGGAGGAAAUGAUGACGGGGAGGCAGCGUAGGUUAUUUUUGACCGUGUGUGUUCAAGAUUUUUUUUUCUUCUUCCCUCGUACAGUCCAUUGAAUCCCCUGUUUAUACUGGUGCUCCAAAACCUUUAAGGUGUCUGUAUAACUACUGAAAACAAGUCAGCCAUGUAAACCAUGCGUUUACUUAACUUCAAUACAGAAUCUGUUAAUACAAGCUAAUACCGAAAUGUGUGUGUGUGUGUGUAUGUGUGUGUACUUGUACGUCAAUAUUUAUGAGAACCAAUUUCAGUUUUAGACCUUGAGAGUGAGGACUUUCUUGGAAAAUGAGGACAUUUUGGUCAGUCUUCACCUUCGUACACACCUUCAAAGGUCUGUUUGAGAAUUCAGACUUAGGUUAAGGUUAGGGUUGGGGUAAGCAUUUAGUUGUCAUAGUUUAAAGGGACAUGCUUUUCCUUAUUAUCUGCAAUAUAUAUAAUGUUACAAUGUCAGAUGUUCAUAUUAAACAUGGCCAAAUUUUUAAAUAAUUAGGUUAAGAGUAAGAGUAGGAGGGUAAGAGUAAUCCCUGUUGCAGGCUGCUACAUGUAGCUACAUGCUAAUCUUGGUUGCUGAUGUUAUAAAUUUCUCCCUGAUUUCUGAUCACAUUUCCGUUAGCACAUGUCCGGUUGUAAAGAUCUUAGUUUGUACUUGUAUUGGGGAUUUUUCAUUGUAGAAAGUGCCGCUUUACUUCCUUACAGUGAUUCCACAGCUGCAAUCAGGGUGCAGAGACGUAGAGAGCAUAAAUGUGAAAGACCUGGAAAAGCUGACCAAUCAGAGCAGACUGGGUUUUUCGGAAGGGUGAAUAAAGAGACAGGCAUUAAAACAAAGUGUUUUAGACAGAGGGUGAACAUGGGUGUUUCAGCAAAGAUAGUAUGAGAAAAUAAGCGUUUUUUUGACCAUUAAGGCAUGUAAACAUGUUCUAGUAUAAACCUAAAGUACAGGUAUGAACCUGAAAAUGAGCAUAACAGGUCCUCUUUAAGGUUAGGGUAUGAGGGUUGAUAAUCUCUAUAAACAGAUUCUGCAAAUAUUUGCAGAAUCUAGAGACAGGGGGACAAGAUUUUGGCCUCAGAUGUGUUAUGGUUUCUGUUUGUAGUCCAAGUAGUAUUAACCAAUCAUGUCUGAACAGCAGGUGUGAAGAGGCGAAAGGCAUUGACCAAAAUUCAAUCUCAGAGCCCGUCAGCUAUGUCUGAGAUGGCUUUAUGUUACCUUUUUAAAACUGCAGAUAUCUGCUUAUAGAGAGUUGAAAUAACCGGCGCCUGGAAAAAGAAAUCUUCAUCAAGAUCUCCACUGGCUUCAUUGCAUCAGCCAGAAGUAUUGGCCUUUGCCCUCAGAGGUUUGUCAUUGUCAGACGAUAGCCGAUUGGUCUGAGAUUCGGGGCUAGGGAAAGCAAUAUUUCAAUGAAAGUCCUCACAAGUAUACAAGUACAGGGUUUUGUGUGUGUGUGUGUGUGUGUGUGUGUGGUGAGUUGUUGUGGUUAGAGGCAGGAAUGUUAUUAAAGUGUUGGAGAAUGUGCCUGACUUUUACAGUGUUACCGAGGCAUGAGUAAUCUCCACCAUCUGCAUUCAGUGUGUGUGUAUACACUCAUGUAAAUACUGUACACUGUAAAGUGCUCACAUACAUAUGAGCGCAUAUGUGUCGUAUGCAUAGUUGCGUUCGGGUGUGUGCGUAUGUGUACGCUGUAUGAUUUGUGUACUUGUCUGAGAAAGUUUGAGGUGAGAGAAGCGAAGCGAGAGCUCGGAGUGAGAAGUGAAGAUAACAAGUUUUUAAUGAGAUUACUGCGAGUUUCUCCUCAUCACACCGUCUCGUUAUCUCGCCGUCUAUUCAUUUAGUUUCAGAGGGGAAUGUAUGAAAUCAUCAGUGAAUGUGCUCACAGUUUAAACACUAAGUAGAGGAACUAUAAUUGGCCAUUUUUUUUUAAUUUAUUUUUUUGUCGAAAUGAGUCGAUCCUGCAUCUUAUUAUCUGGAGACUAAACUGCGGUUCUGUGUGUGUCUGCCGUUAAUUCAGAGGAAAGUGUGUUGUAAAGAGACUCACACAGUGGCGUUGGAAAGCAUUUAAGUAUUAAAAAUUAAAAACUACAACCUCUUUGUCAUGAAGGGUUAUUAUCUGUAUUGCUAAGCCAUUUUAAUCUGUUUUAAAGUAAACCCAUAACACAAUAAAGUGUGCAGUAAGUACAUGGGUGUGACAACUUUCUAAAGCCGCUGUACAGCUCUUCAUUUGAAGACUCUUAUUAUCUUAGAGGAUGAUGUAAGCUAAUUACUGUAAUUAUAGAUAACAGUUAAGAGCUUCUAUUGUAUUACUACAAAAAAAAUCUAAAUUUAAAUAAUGCUUUACGUUCAUGUGUGGAAAAUGACUGUAAAAACUAGGAAAUUAUUAGUUUUGUUACUACGUUUUGUUUUUGGUUCAUGUUGCUGUAAGUAUUCUGUAACGCCACUGUAAAUGAACAUGUACAGUAGAACCACAGGGUUGACUCAUCAUGAUCUUACAUGAAUGUAUGAAGUAGCUGCUCUAAUCAUGCAGUAGACGUAAUAACUGCUUAUAAUGUACUACCUACAAGCCUCUAUUGUCUACACAUCUUUCUAUUUAUUUCAUUAACAGAUCAUUUACGUGAGUAUUAUUUGGUAAAGUUGUGUCUGUAAAUCUUGCUUUAUUAAGUAUGAAGAGUUCUUUUCCAAUGCACUGUACAUCCAUUUUUAAGGGAAGCUAAUAUUGUUUUACUUUAUCAGAAAUAAUUCAAAAUGAUCUGACACAUCCUGUAAUUUGUCCUAAUUAUCUGUUUAUCACUUAUUUCGACCUACCUUUUCUCUUUAUCACUUUUUCAAACUAUCUUAUUUUGGAACAAAACUCUUCGUGUGAGCAGGACGAAUGUGAGAUCACAGCGCAGCUUGUGCUUUUGGGGUUCAAGUGCCAAACAUUUACAUCAGGCCCAUCUGCUCUGAUGUCACUGACUGAACAGAAAUAAAUGACUGAAGUGUUGAGUUCUCUCAUUCACAACCAGCCCCGGUGAUUUAGAUUCAGUGCCUGUAAUGACCUGAAUUAAUGAUUUGCCGUGACUGAUGAAAUAUUGGAGGUUGGAUUUAACAGAAACCAUUUGUUAGGUGUUUUUCACCAUUUUUACUUGAGUCAAAAUACAUGCACUGGCAACAAAAUGUACUUGAGUAUCAAAAUUAAAAGUUGUUCAGGGGUUUGUAAUAUUACACAUUUUAUAGUGAUCAGAUUAUUGUCAUUAAAGCUGUUACAUAGCAAUUUAAUUUUGCAGCUGGUCGAGUUACAGAUCAUUUUAACUACAUUAUAAUGAUGCUUAAUGAUGAUGAGUUUUAUUUGCAUCACUAACACAUAGGUGACUGUACUUUACAGAUGUUGACACAAGCUCUCAAUAUAAAAUAUGAUUGAUUGUUGCAGAUUCAGUUACCUAACAUUUUAUUAAAUAGCUUAAGUUAUCUCUUCCUCAACCAGCUACAACUGUAAACUGCUGCUUACACUUUAAUCCGUCAAAUAUAUUAAUGAUAAUAAUCAAGUGAUAUAACUUAAUGGUAAGAAACACUAAAUAGUGAGUUGUUGCCGAAGAAUGACUGAGGAAUCAGGGUGUAUUGCUCAUAUGUAUUUCCUGAUAACCCUGGAUGGUGUUUAUAGAUAAUGAUACGUUAGUUGAGGACAGACCACAACACACUUGGUGAAAUAUUAUGUAAUGAUGACGUGUCUGUGGGUUGGUGAACUCAGCUACUAAAACUGUCUUCAUGAGUCAUUCCUCAUCAACUUUAAAUCAGCUGCUGAGCUGCACAACUCAAUCAUUAAAAUGAACAAAACCACUCAUUGAUCACUAAUUACCUUGUUUAUUACCUUGUUCUGUCUCAUCAAGUAAAGUGAUGUGCCACACUGAAAAGUUACCCGUAACCCUCCAUCACUUCCCAGCUAUCUUACCUCUACAUACCCCUUCUCUGACACCUCAAGUAAUAUAAGCAUCGUUCCGCAAAACUAAACAGUAGCUGCGUUUUUAUUGGUGAUUUACAAUUAGCUCCUUAAAAACAAACCCUAUUCAUUAUCACUUAGUUCCUGAUUUGUCCCACAAUCGUUUUCAAGUGACGUACUGUUGAGUGUUACCUAUAUAACAGUGAUGGGCUGUGUACAUUUGCCCGUUUCAUAUUCAUCAUAUCAACAUUUAUAAAGUGACAUAACAUGUACGCUGACUGUUAUCAGGAGGUGGAGGGGAUGGCGGGUGGCAUGACACCUUGGCAAGACACCUGCAAGCUGCAGACCAACAAUGAAACCAGUUGUGAUUUCAUGAGUCAAUGCUGUUUUUCCUGCAGCUUUUUAGCUCCCAAGCAUGGGUGUUUUUAAUCAACUUGUUGCUGUGUUUCAAGUCUCUAUUUCAGCACAAAAAGCGGUUGUUUCUUAAAGAGACAUCACUGCUUUCCUGCCAAGAUAGUGGCAGGAAACAUUUCAGCAUAUCUGCUACAUAAAAACAUGAAAAUGUAACAUAUCUGUGGUUUGUAGAAACCUACAAUGCUAUAAAAAUGAUUCCGGCAAUUGUGUUGGACACAUUUUACUUUUGAUAUUUAACGCACAUUUUUCUUAUGAAACUUUCAAUGCAGGUCUCACCUCUGCAUACCAUUCCUACUCUUUGAGCUACACAGGUUAAGAAAUCACUGAUCUUGAAACGUUUGAUAUCAGAGUCUGAUUUGAAAAUAAAGAGAGAAGAUCUAAUCCUAAAUAAGCAGCAGCAGAAGAAAUAUGUACAGCUCCUUUUAUACUCUGUUGCUCAACGAUGAUCAGUAUGCAUAGAAUUCAAAAUAUGAUUCCUUCAUCCUCAAACUUUAGUUUAGCAAUUCAAAGCCAAGCCACUUCCUCUGUUAGUCUGUCUGUCUGUGUUUCUCUCUCUCUCUCUCUCUCUCUCUCUCUCUCCCUCUCGGGUUCACUGCUGUGAGCCUGUCUGCAUCUCAUUUACACUCACAUAUUUUCACACCAUCGCUCUAAACCCAGGGAUGUGUGUGUGUGUGUGUGUGUGUGUGUGUGUGCGUGCGACUAUGAAAUCAUUAACCUACAGUUAUGUGUGUGCGUUUUCUAAAGGUUUUGUGUGAGUGUUCACAUGUUAUCCUUGUGCUUCUGUGUCUGUUAGGGUGUGUGCUUAAGCCUUCGUGUGUCGGUGUGUGUUGGUGAGUGUGUGUGUGUGUGUGUGUGUGUGUGUGAGCCC